GCUCUUAUUUAUUCUUUGUAUAUCUAGAAAACGGGAUUAUGAAGGCUUCCUCUGUGCACUGCUAUUGCCUGCAGAAUCACGUGCCUCUGUCUUGGCCCUGAGAGCCUUCAAUGUAGAACUGGCUCAGGCAGAUCAGAGAUUCUGUAACUGAGAAGACCAUUGGUUUGAUGCGGCUAGAGUUUUGGAGGAAAGCUGUAGAAGACAUUUACCAGGAUAAUCCACCACAACAACCAGUGGCAAUAGAGUUGUGGAAGGCUGUUAGGAGGCAGAACCUAACCAAAAGAUGGCUUAUGAAUAUUAUUGACCAAAGGGAAAAAAAUCUGGAUGACCGAGCUCAUCGGGAUAUCAGUGAACUUGAGACAUAUGCUGAAAAUACACAGAGCGCACUUCUUUACCUCACCCUAGAAACACUUGGUGUGAGGGACAUCCAUGCAGACCACGCGGCCAGUCACAUAGGGAAGGCACAAGGCAUUGUAACCUGUUUAAGGGCAACUCCAUACCAUGCUAGCAGAAGGAAGGUGUUUCUCCCCAUGGAUAUUUGCAUGCUGCAUGGUGUUUCACAAGAGGACUUCAUAAGAAACAAUGAGGCAAAGAAAAUAAAAGAUACUGUUUAUGACAUUGCAAGUCAAGCCCAUGUUCAUCUGGAACACGCUAGGUCCUUCAAGAAGAAUGUCCCUGCCAAAGCAUUUCCUGCCUUCCUUUGUACGGUUGCUAUUGAAGAUUAUUUACAUAAAAUACAAAAAGCUGACUUCAAUGUAUUUCAUCCAAGUUUGCACCAGAAGAGCACUUUACUGCCUUUGCAUCUGUAUAUUAGAUCAUGGAAAAAAGCUUAUUGAAAAAUAUGACGUUGAGUAUUUCUGAUUGAGAAUUAUUAUAUAUAUGUAUUCAUUUACUUGGCAAUGUUAUAUGGAUGAUAUAUCCAGACACCUUUUUUCAUAUUUAAUCCAAUCCCAGACUUCACAACAACCUUAUGAAAUACAUUUGGUAAAUUAGUAACUAGCCCACUGUCACAGAGUAAACUGCAUGACUGAGUCUGUAUUUGAACGCAAGUGUUGUCAUCCAAAUCUAAUUCUAUCCAUGAUGCCCAUCAUCAUGGAAUUUGAGAGUUCUUUAGCAACUUUCCAUCCAGGGACUAAUCAAACAGAGCCUUGCUUAGGUUCAGCCAGGUGUUUGCAUCAAUUACAGGUAGUCUUCGACCUAUGACCACAAUUGAGCUAAGAAAUUAUGUUGCUAAGUGACAAAUUUGUUAGGUGGCUUUUGCCCCAUUUUGCGACUUUUCUUGCCACAUUUGUUAAGUGGAUCCCUGCAGUUGUUGAGUUGGUUAAUAGGUUGUUAAGUGAAUCUGGCUUCCCCAUUGACCCUGCUUGUCAGAAGGUCGCAAAAGAUGAUCACAUGACCUUGAAGCACAGCAAUAGUCAUGAAUAUGAACCAGUUGUCAAGCAUCCAAAUGUAAAUCACGUGACCAUGGGGAUACUGCAAAGGUCAUAAAUGUGAAAAACGGUCAUAAGUCACUUUUUCAGUGCCAUUGUAACUUCAAAAGGUCACUUAAUGAACUGCUGUAAAGUGAGGAUUACCUGUACAGAUUAAAACACAGACAGCAAAAUUUGAUAAAGUGAACAUACAGUUUUAUAGUUAACAUAAAGCAUUGUGGAAAUUCUGGGAGUUGAACAUUGACAUUUGACAAAUGUCCAGAUUGGGGAGAAUAUUCUAUAGGAUGCUGAUUUUGUACUUUUUUUAAAAAGAAUGUUUGCAAGCCUUAACUUGUUAAAAUGUUUCACUACUGCUUUUCACCAGAAAUAGUAGUUUUGUAUUAUUUACAAAAAAUAAUAACAUGCAAAAAGAAAGCCCCCACAUGCAAAUUUAAAAACAUGAAACAUAAAAACCUGAACAAUAUGCAGAUUAUAUAUUUUCACUUAUAUGUGCCAGUCAUAAGUCCCUACAAAAGAGAAACCCCAAAAAUGUUAUUUUCUAGCAACAGUAGUUUGGCUAAUUAAUUGGCUGGUACUUGGUUAAUAUAUUUUUCUAUAUUUUCUAAAUAUAGAAAAUAUUUGUGAAUGUGUGUGUGCUUGUGCACCUUCAAGUCAGUUUUUUUAAAUUCCUAGUGACUACCUAGAUAGGUUCAUUAACUUGCUUGGCAAUAUUUUGGAAGUAGCUUCCCAUUGCCUCCUUCCUAGGGCUGAGAGAGUGAGUGGCUCAAAAUCACCCAGCUAGCUUCAUGCCUAAAGUGGGACUAGAAUUCACCAUCUCCCAGUUUCUAGCCUGAUGCCUUAAUCACUACAUCAAAAAAUACCAAAAAAAAAUACUGUUAACAUGCUAAAUGGCAGUUAAAUGGCUGCCAAUCUCAUACAAUGUUUUCAGGUGACACAAAUUUUCUAACAUUUAUAACUUGCAAAUACUUUUAAAUUUUGCUGCUGGAUGAAACACUCUUUCAAAAUUGGCCAGUAGAAAUAUCUGUUUGCAAAUAUCUUGCAAACUUUUUAUAUCAUUCAGACAUUUGAUAUGGAAACUUUUCUAGUAUGAUGUGCAGGAAUUAAAGUUACGAUUUGUUGGUCAAAUCAACACAGUUCAUUCGUAGAUGUUUGCCUUAUGAAAAGACAGUUGUAUUGGAAUAGCUUUACUAUGGGAUUAUUUUUAAAAAAAAUAGUAUUUCUUUGACAGGGUAUGCCUAAGAAAGAAUUUCAUAUAUUUCAGAAAUCAACCAAGGUUUGAACAUCAGUUGGCUCAGGAUAAUAUUAAUUACACUUUGGCCUAUGCCUGUUAAAUCUUGACUAGAUAAACUGAGAGGUUGGGAUUGAUGAAGAAGCUUCAAAAUCUGUUUUGUACGCAAAUAAUACCCAUUUGAAUCUACAACAUUUCAAGAAAAGUUUAGAAAGUUUCAUUUUCUGAAACACAGGAGACCUGGGUACCAGCAACUAUAAUUAACACUGCCCUAAAAUAGACUAGUGGUUUGACUCAGAAGAAAUUGUUCUUCAUUUUACUUAGGCUCAGAUAGUCUUUAAUGAAAACAGACGCUUUGGAAAAGCAGAGAAAAUACACAAAUAUUAUCGGAUGCAUAAUUUUAUUUUAUGUAGCUGCAAAAGGCGAGAAAUGAUUCCUUGUGUGAUGGAAGGGAAGGAGGUGUAGUAAAACCCAGAGAAUAUGCAUGAGCAGACAGGACCCAGUAAACAGGAUGUGACUUCAGAAAAUUGCAACAGAAGUCAUGUGAGAUUGUAAGGUUUUAGAGAAUGAUACAAUACUGUGUCAAAGUGCAGGUAUUCCCGGCUAUGGAAUCUGUAAUCAACAGAAGCUAAGUAGGUGAAAUUUGUCUUCCUCAACCCCUAAUUUCCCUUCUCUCAGGAAACUGCCUAGAAUUCUCCCUGUGGAUGAACACCAGGAGGCAGCUUGUGACAAGUAUUUUUUCCUUGUGCUGAUCAUUUACAGCAGCGGUUCUCAACCUGUGGGUCGGGACCCCGUUGGGGGUCGAAUGACGAUUUGCCAGGGGUCGCCUAAGACCAUCGGAAAUAUGGGAAGUAUACUUGCGAGUUGAAGAAUCGCGCUCCAAUGGCUGACUUCACAAGCCAGCCGCAGGCUCUUCAAAUUGCUAGCCGAAUUCGGCUUCAGGCAUGAUCAAUUAAAAAAGAGAGAAAUCUUUGCUCUUUUUUUUUUUAAUUUGAAUUUAUAUCCCGCCCUUCUCCGAAGACUCAGGGCGGCUUACAUUGUGUAAGGCAAUAGUCUCAUUCUAUUUGUAUAUUAUAUACAAAGUCAACUUAUUGCCCCCCCAAAAAUCUGGGUGCUCUGAUGUCUCCCUCUUAAGCCAGCUGCAAUCACUCUCAAUCGCUAGCCUAAUCUGGCUUCAGGCGCGAUAAACUUAAUAGGGGAGGAGUCUCCGCUUUAAUGCCUCCGUCCUCAAGGCAAUUGCAAGCAGUUCAGAUUGCUAGCCAUAUGGCUUCAGGCGCGAUAAAUUCAAAACGAAAAUAAUUUUACGGUUGGGGGUCGCCACAUCAUGGGGAAUUGUAUUAAAGGGGUCGCAGCACUAUAAAGGUUGAGAACCACUGAUUUACAGGCUGAUGGGUUAAUUUCUUCCUUCUGUUUAAAGGAGUUAGCUAGCCUAUCCAUGGAUCAUUUCCUCCAGCAAUCCUUCCAUCUUCUGACCUCUCUCUCCUCUUUUUAGUAUAUAUGAAUAUCUCUGCUUUCUCUGUGGUUAUUUUUUUUUAAAGAUGUCCUCUAUUCUGAAUGUAAAAAUUUUGAAUUGUACAGGUAGUCAGUCCUUGCUUAACAACUGCCCUGUGUUUAGUGGUGGUUUGAAAUUAUUCUGGUACUGAAAAAGCAUGUUUAUGGCUGGCCCUCACUGCACCAUCCCCCAUGGUCAUGUGAUUGUGAUUCCAGCACUUCAGAACCGGUGGUGUUUAAUGACUGUCGUAGUGUCCUGUGGUCACGAUUGCCAUUUAUGCCUGUCACAGCUGACUUCUGACAAGCAGAAUCAAUGGAGAAGCUGACAGUAAAAUCCCAAGUUGCGGUCACGUCUCUUACUUAACAACCAUGGGUGAUUCCCUUAACUGUUGUAAUGGAAGUGAGGUAAGGCCACUUUGUGGUCAUGUGCUAUCUUGCUUAAUGAUUGUAUCAUUUAGUGACAGAGUUGUCAGGCCCAAUUUUGGUUGUUAGGUAAAGGUAAAGGUUCCCCUCGCACAUAUGUGCUAGUCGUUCCCGAUUCUAGGGGGUGGUACUCAUCUCUGUUUCAAAGCCGAAGAGCCAAUGCUGUCUGAAGAUGUCUCUGUGGUCAUGUGGCCACCAUGACUAAAUGCCAAAGGCACACAGAACGUUGUUAUCUUCCCACUAAAGGUGGUCCCUAUUUUUCUACUUGCAUUUUUUACGUGCUUUCAAACUGCUAGGUUGGCAGAAGCUGGGACAAGUAACAGGAGCUCAUCCUGUUAUGCGGCACUAGGGAUUCGAACCGCUGAACUGCCGACCUUUUGAUCAACAAGCUCAGCAUCUUAGCCACUAAGCCACUGCAUCCCCAUUUUGGUUGUUAAGCAAAGACUAAUUCAUCUCAGCAUUAUCCACAUGUUGAUAUCGACUAGAAACUUGAAUAAAACCAUAACCCAACAUUGUCCUACCUUGGAUUCUCCAAUUUUUUUGGUCUACAAUGCAUGGUGAGGCAUUCUGGGAUUUGUAGGCGUAUGUAGCCAACCCUCAAGUAUAGGCCGAGAGUCCUUCGCAUGCAAGAGAAGUAGCAUAAUAAUUGGGAGGAAUAUGAAUGCAACCCCAACAUCUUCAUUUGAUUUAAGAGACUGCUGUACAAUUAGCGCAAAGAACUGAUCUAAAAAAGACGUAUCCUCAGGAACCAAUGGCCUUGCUAUGUUGCUGAAUUACAUGCAUAGUGAAAGAUACUGGCAGUUCUGAAAAGCCAUUUAUUUCCCACCCAUGUGAAAGAAUUUGGGAUAUGUUUUUAUCUGAAUACAUUUUACAAUCCUACCUGUGAAGUCUGUGACCAGACCCAAUUUUACUACCAUUUUUAAUGGUGAUAAGUAAAAUCAGUCAUAAGUGUGAAUCCACAUUAACCAAUGGUGUUUUUUGCGGGACCAUGGAAUGAUACAACUGACGUGAGUUGCGAUCACAUGACUGUGGGGGUGGGAUGACAGUCAUAAGUUCAAAUUUAGGUUGUGACUGACUUUGAAGGCUGUAGUCAAUUCAAAUUGUUUUUACAAACGUACAAAUUGUAAGUUGACGGUAUAAAUUCUGCGUAAGUACAGUGUUUUCCACAUCACAUAUCUGUGCUACCACAUUUGAAAUUGAGGGUCUUAAUUAUAUAAUGUAAUGUAAACAAAACAAUUAUGAGAAAGAGAUUUAAGAUAAUUAUUUAGCACAAUAAGUCAGCCCAAAUUGUAUAACAGAAAUAUAUGUACUCAAGGAGCUGUAAACAGAUGCAACUGAGUAGUAUAUGUCAUCAGAGCAUAAUACUCUGAUAUCUCAGUCAGCAUCCAUUUGGCUGCAAAAUGGCACAUAAAUUCACAAGGUUUGUGUGAAUAAAAGGGUAGGGAUGUAAUCAAUAUAUAAGAGCUUAUACUGUAGUGCCUACAAGAUCUCUAUGCUAUUUAGCAUCUUUGCUUACAGAAUCAAUCAAGAACAUUCAUUCAUUCAUUGAAUAUCAAUGUUGAAAGAGUUCUGUGUACUGAUUCAGAUAUUUGCAUGGCUCCCAAAAAACAUUGUUCACCAGAUAUUUAAGAUAUAUUAUGUUUCUUAAGUUUAAAGAAAUAUUGAAAGUGUUUUGAGACACAUUUGUUCAUCACAGGAGAAAAAAAUAUGUUUUAAAGCUAGCUAAAUAGUCUAGAGUUGUCUCUUUGUACUCUAGGAUAGCACAAACACUUCAUUAAGUCACCCCAGUUUUAAAGUUACAGAUCCCUCCACAAGAACUGAUUCUGUUCACACAAUACGCUUUUAUCUUCCUUUAUUCCUUAGAAAAUUGAUUCAUUCAGUAACCAGGUUAAAUAUGUUACAUAAUCACUGCAUAACAUGAUGCAAAUCAAGCUUAGACUUGAAGACUCACACAAAUCCCUCUAGCCCUGAGAUUGCUCAUAGCAACUUCUUCCCUGUUGGCAAUCCAGCCAUGUUACAAACACUUCUGUAUGUAUGUAAGUGAAUAAAUACAAAUCUCUCCAUAUCAGAAAUUGUCAGAUUACCGAAAUAAUGUUUAACAGAGACAGAUAAAAAGAUCUUUGCUGAGGAAAAGAAAAUCAAAAGUUUUCCCCUCUUUUUUGUGCCUUUGAGUCAAUCUUUACUCCCAGCAGUUGCUGGACAAGUCCAUAAAAUUUUAUUGGAAAAUUUUUUAGAAGUAAUUGGGGGUUACCUUCUUCCUCCUUCCUAAGGCUGAGAAAGAAUAAUGGACUCAAAAUCAUCCAACAGGUUAAUGCGUAAAACAGGACUAGAAUUCAUGGUCUCCUACUUCUAAGUCUGGCGCCUUUAAACACUAAACCAAAUGGGCUUUCAUAUUUGGCUUGAUAACAGCUGAAGUGAAAGGAUCUUGAAAAGAUAACAAAGAAACUGAAUAUGGGCCAGUUCAGAUCACCCAGUUAGCUAGUAGUUAAGUCACAGGGCAGACUAAUAGAAUAUGCUAACAUUCUAACCAGCUUAAUUCCCAUAAUUAAUCUAGAGCUAAAUUAAUUCUUCCCACUCAACCAUGUUAUGCAAAUUGCUUCCUGGAGAGUAAGAACAAAUGUAUUUUCCUGUAUCUGAGUCAGAUAAAGUCACCAUCUUGGGUAUUCUUUUUCUGUUUUACAGGGUCCCAAAAGAGGCAAAACAAUGUAUGGCUGCACAAGCCUGUCCUUCUCUACCUACAAUAAUGCUAAUUUCAAUUGCACCAUCAUGGUUUUUUUUCUUCUGCUCUGGCAAAAAUAUCCUAGCAUAGUAUUUCUUAACUUUUGACAAGUUGAAGAUAUGUGGAUUUCAACUCCCAGAAUUUCCCAACCAGCUAUGCUGGGAGUUGAAAUCCACACAUCUUCAAGCUGCCAAGGUUGAGAUACGUGCUCCAGGAAAUGUUUUAUGUAGCAGAUGGGAAACUCGGAAUAUGGCUGCUUCUCAGCUGACCAUGUGAUAAGUGAUUGCUAGCUGUUGGCGGUAAGUCAAUGGCCUGAGGAAGCAGAUGAUUAAACCCGCCGUUUAGUACAAAUGUGGCUUAUGAAUCAACAAAUUUAAUACCAAUCAACAGUGCUAUGUAGCUGCAAAAAUGACAAUUUUAGACUAGCUCAGUGAAAGCACAAUAUUCCACUUGUAGGAGAUGAUACUCCACUAUUUUCUUGUACCGGUAAAGCCCCUCCCCAGAUAUCAUAUCUUAUAUAGGAUUCAGACAAAUUGAAAUAGGUUUAGUAAAGUGUAAUGGGGAUGAGUGUCAGUUUGGUGUAGCAGUUUAAGGUAACAGGCUAGAAGCUGGGAGACUGUGAGUUCUAGUCCCACUUUAGAUAUGAAGGCAGUUGGGUGAUUUUGAGCCCAUUUUUUCUGAAUGGGUAUAAAAUAUCUGCUGGUGCUAUUAAGAAAGACUGAGUCUGCUUUCUGUCUUUAAAAGCAUGUUUCUCCAUUUCUCCCUUUGCGGACAUAUAAUACUGUGCUUCUUUUAUCUUGUCUUUUUAUGUACACAGAGCAUAUGCACCAAAGACAAAUUCCUUGUGUGUCCAAUCACACUUGGCCAAUAAAAGAAUUCUAUUCUAUUUCUAUUUCUAUUUAUAUUCGAUUCGAUUCCCCAAAAUAUUUUAUUCUUUGGUGGUAUGGGGAGCUUCCAACUCUUUUGCAUAGGCUAACUGAACAGAAACGUUGUAUGCUUAAAUUAAAAUCCUUGCAGGGAGAGAAAAUAGAACAGAGUUCAGCAGAAAAGCAAAGUUUCUAAUUCAUAGUUCAAAAACUAUCAAGGUUAAAAACCAAAGAAAAAGAAUUAAAAAGGAAAUAAGACAAUAGAUUCUGUGAAACUUAUCUCAGGGCCGAGUCUUCCAGAGAGGAAAACACACAGGAAGAACAAAACAAACAUGUCUCCAGCAGGUCAGAUUAUUCUGUAAACUAAAUCCAAAAUCCAGAUCUAUGUUUAGUGCCAUUAUUCCCCAGAAUACUUGGGUUUUUCCUGCUGCUUCAAUUCCAGAUGCCUAGGAAUUGGGGAUUUAUGUGUUACACUUUUCCUCAUGUGGCAGAGAAGACACAAUAAAAGCAACGUGGGGCUUCCUCCUCUUUUAAAAAAACAAAAAACAAAAAACACAGUCUAAUCAGAAAAAGGAGGAAAAUUUCUUGCUCUUGAUUGGUUGCUCAGUUUCCUGAGCAUUAAUGGUCUCUGCCCUCUAUCUAGAUUGGCAGAUUAGAUUUGACUGAAAGAUCACUGAAGCUUUCCUUUAACAUCUCUAUACUUGAAUGAGAUUUCUCCUCAUACUGAGGGCAAUAAGCCACCACGAACAUGCCAGGCUGGGAGUGCUGUGGUAUAGAUCAUCAGGAGAGUGGAAAAUAAGAUGCACUAUGCCAGGGGUAUCAAACUUGCAUCGUCACAUGACAUAUCAUGACUUUCCCCCACUUUGCUAAAUCAUUGUGGGUGUGGCCAGCAUGUGACGCAGAUUACAGAUUAGCAGAAUUGGAAGGGACUUUAUAGGUCAUCUAGUCCAACCCCGCCAAGCAGGAGAUCCUAUACCAUUUCCGACAAAUGGCAGUCCAAUCUUUUUUUGAAAGUCUCAAGUGAUCAAGCUCCCACAACUUCCGAAGGCAAGCUGUUCCAUUGGUUGAUUGUUCUCACUGUCAGAAAGUUCCUCCUCAUUUCUAGGUUGAAUCUCUCUCUGGUUAGUUUCCAUCCAUUAUUCCUUGUCUGGCCACGAGUUUGUCACCCCUGGACUAUGGCAAAUUCAGAGAACUGGAUAUGGCUAACUUUGGAACAAAGAAAGCUGGGAUUGCAAUCUUCAAGUAUCUGGAAGGAUGUCAUACAAAGGUUUUCAAUCAUGCCAGUUGAAAUACUGAGAAUUAGCUCUUUAAACUACAGGAAGACGGAUUCUGGUUGAAAAUUAAGAGAAACCUAUUAGUAAGAACAGUUUGAAAAUGAAACUACUUUCCUCCUCCUUCACUGGUCGUAGUCAAGGAGAUACAGACAGCCAUCUGUCAGGGAUACUUUCCAGAACUAUGAUUCUAUGACUAUGAAUAUAUUUAUUUCUGAAUAAAUAUAUGUUGGAUUGAGACAGAUAAGAUCUGGUCAAAGUUGCAGUCAAACUGGGUGACUUGUGGCCAACCAUGCUCUUUCAGAGUUGUGAGACUAAAAUGAGGAAAGAACUCAUGUACUCCAUCGGAAAAUAUUAUUAUAGUAGAUAAUUACAUCACAGUAUCAAAGAAUAUUUUAAAAAAAGAUAUAGAAAAAGAAAGAAGAAUAUACAGAUGCAGAAUAAUGACGGAUUAUCACGAAAGGGACCAAAUAACCUGUAACAGUUAAGUGUCCAUAGGAAGGGUGGGAAUAAAAAUUUGAAAGAUAGCAAUUGCAGUGGUAUGAUCCUUGUGUGUAUGUGAUGCAUGCAAGGUUUGGAUGGCAAUACUACACCAGCCAUCUUGUGUACACACACCCUGAGACGGGAGGGAGGGAGGGAGGAGGAAGGAAGGAAGGAAGGAAGGAAAGGAAAGGAAAGGAAAGGAAAGGAAAAGAAGGAAGAAAGGAAGAAAGAAAGACAUAUUUCAAGAUAAUAAAACAAACUUCUAGGAGGGGCUCUUCACUAUUAUAUCAACCAUUGAAUUGAGUCAAUAGUUUUUAUCUUUUUUUUUUAAAUUUACAUUUAUAUCCCGCCCUUCUCCGAAGACUCAGGGCGGCUUACAGUGUGUAAGGCAAUAGUCUCAUUCUGUUUGUAUAUUUACAAAGUCAACUUAUUGCCCCCCCCAACAAUCUGUGUCCUCAUUUUACCUACCUUAUAAAGGAUGGAAGGCUGAGUCAACCUUGGGCCUGGUGGGACUAGAACCUGCAGUAAUUGCAGGCAGCUGUGUUUUAAUAACAGGCUAUCUUACAGCCUGAGCCACCACGGCCCCUUGGCUCUGUUCACCUUGUUGUCCUACUCUUAAUUAUGCUUUCAAAUAUGCAUCCCUCUCCAGAACAUCUCUUAAAAGCAUACUUAACUUCACUCUGGAAAAACCAUGCAUAUUUUAGGUUAGAGGCAACAGACUGGACAUCUGGGAGCAUUUGUGAAAUACUUAUUCUAGUUUCUCUGUAUUCAGUGCUAUUUCUCCUUUUCUAACACUUAACAGCAUAUGUCUGCUUGAUGAAAAUAUUCUCUUCUGAGACUUCUAUUCAGUUUUCCUAAAGUUGGUGCCAAACAUGAUGCAAGUGUUUAUAAACAGAAGGCAGGGAAAUUAUAUAAACCUCCACAAUCUGCCUACCAUACUUUUUCUUUCUGUCCGUACAUCUAUAAGACUGACACCCAACGGAAGAGUCUUUUGUAGCAAUUGGCUAUUGGUUAAUUAAGUAAUGAAUUGCUCAUUAUAAUUUGUAAAAUAUUGUUGCAGUUUGAUAACACCUUUGUUUUUAACAGCAGCGUAUUUGUAGAUUAAUACAUAGAAGCUAUAGUACUAUUAAUAAGAAGCCCAAUUGUUUCACUGUAAAAUAAAGUUUAUAUUAUUCCUUGAAUUUACUUUUUAAAUGUUUGGGGGCGGGGGAAAGUAUGGUUUUAGGACAAAGAGGACAAUAAUUUCAUUCAGUCUUCAGCCUUAUUUUAAAACUCUGCAAAUUGGCUUUUAGGUUCUUGUCAACCUUCCUGGCUUGGCAAAUUUUUCCAGAAGGGUUGAAUAUUACCAUGUGGUUUGAUUAUCCAGGUGCAAUCCCAACUAGCCUUUCAAAGAACCGUGACAAAGAGAAUACUUAUAUAAUUGUAGAAAAUCUCUUUAUCAUUUAGAGUUAAGUUUUAAAGACUGAAUAUGUGAUUUGUCUGUGCACUAACCAGACGACACCUCAGUGCCACCUAUGAAACUCAUAAAACUGAUUGAGAACCAUUAAUCUAAAGCUUGCAAAACUUAAAAGGCAAUCUCAGCACAAUCAAUAUUUUGUAAGGAUAAAUUAUUAUUUUACCACCAAGAUGCAAGUAUGAAUUCAUCAUUUUCUCCAGCAGCAGGUACCACAUUUUUUCACUCCAUAAGAUGCGCCUGGCCAUAAGACGCACCUAAGUUUAAGAAGAGGAAAACAAGAAAAAAAAAUAUUAGGCAGCGCCUGAGAGGACCACAGAUAAGUGUCCUCUCAUGUGCCAGCUCUGCCUAUUGACUCCUGCACUGCGGAAAAGAGACAGAAGAGGCAGGCAAUGACAAAGACAGAAGAGGCGGGGUUCAGCACUGUAAAAGGACCCAGCCUGUGAUGCAAUAUUCACUCCAUAAGACGCACAGACAUUUCCACCUACUUUUGCGGGGGGGGGGGGGAUUGCAUCUUAUGGAGCGAAAAAUACAGUAAUUAGUAAAUUAAACCAAUGGAUAAUUUGCCAAGUUUAUAGUAGUCUAUUAUUGUCUUUGCUACUAGUGAGGCAAACUGCAGCAGGAGGCACAGGUACAGCCUAGAUGGGUCUUUUUUCUGCUAUUAAAAGGAAUUAAACAAAAGCCUUGAUUAACAAACGCAUGAUGGGCAAUGAAGGUCAAUAUCUUGUGUGUGUUUUGUUUAGACCCCUAUAACAUGAAAGAAACCAGAGAUGUGUUUGGGGAAAACUAUUCAACAUUCCCAAUCAGUGCAAUAUAGGGCAAAGAUUUAUUCUGCUAGAUAACAUGCAUAUACAAGCAUGAAUAAAAUGAGAGUACAGUCAAUGGAUCAUUACAAAAUACAGAAUAACAGAGUUGGAAGGUAUCUUGGAGGUCUUCUAGUCCAACCCCCUGCUCAGGCAAGAAACCCUAUACCAUUUCAGACAAAUGGUUGUCCAAUAUCUUCUUUAAAACUUCCAGUAUUGGACCAUUCACAACUUCUAGAGGCAAAUUGUUCCACUGAUUAAUUGUUCUCACUGUCAGGAAAUUUCCCUCUAGCUCUAGGUUGGAUCUCUCCUUGAUUACUUUCCAUCCAUUGCUUCUUGUCCUGCCUUCAGGUGCUUUGGAGAAUAGGUUGGCUCCCUCUUCUUUGUAGCAGCCCUUGAAUAUUGGAACAUUGCUAUCAUGUCGCCCUUAGUUGUUUUCAUUAAACUAGACAUAUCCAAUUCCUGCAACUGUUCAUGUUUUAGCCUCAAAUCCCCUAAUCAGUGGUGGGCUGCUGCCGGUUCGGACUGGUUCUAGCGAACCGGUAGUUCUGACCAUCAGUUGGCCCCGCUCACCCACCCCUGCCCUAUAUUUCCUUCUUUCUGGCUCAGCUGAUUGGUGCGGCACAACUGAUUUCCGCGCCUCCGCUGUUCUACUUGCCAGGGCUGCCUUAGAAGGUAAGCAGCUGAGCUUCAAAUUGCUGUAUUUUGAACACUGCGCAUAUGCGCGCCUGCUCACAGAACCGGUUGUUAAACCGGUUGCAGCCCACCACUGCCCCUAAUCAUCUUUGUUGCUUUUCUCUGCACUCUUUCUAGAGUCUCAACUUUUUAUUUACAUUGUGGCGAUAAAAAUUGGAUGCAGUAUUCCAAGUGUGGUCUUACCAAGUCAUUAUAAAGUGGUAUUAACAUUUCAUGUGAUCUUCAGUCUAUCCCUCCAUUAAUGCAGCCUAGGACUGUGUUGGCCUUUUUGGCAGCAUUGAAUUUCUGCUUAAGUACUUGGUUUAUUCAACUGUGUUCAUGAAUAUUAAUAGGAAAGAAAAGAAUAUAACCCUCAAAUAAUGACUGAUAUGUAUUUCUGAGAAAGAUGGGCCUUUGUGUGCGUGUGUGUGUGUGUGUUUUGUUAAAAAGGGGUGCGGCUUCAAUCAUGCGAUUGCAAUCAACUGCUUGACUCUCCUACAACCAUCCCACUGUCUCUUGAGACAGGCUAUUUUUAAUAAAGAAUGGAUCUUAGGGGGAAAAUGGAACUGGAAAAUAGGAAAACAGUGAUAGAAUCUAGAGUGAUAGUAAAAUUACUUCAGAAAGAGAAACUCUGAGUUCUGUAUGCAAAGGUGUUAGAUAAGAGAUAACUCUCCCAACUGAAUGAAUCAAAUGUGUAUGAAAAACAAUGUGGACACUGCUUGGAAAAUAAUUGUGUCUGAAAUAUUCCAGAGAAAUAUGUGGAUUUAUGCUAAUGGAAAGUAUAAAAAAGGAUGCUUAGUUAAACAAUAAAGUGAAAGGUGUUGUGGAAAAGAAAAAUAGGCAUCAAAGAGAAUGAUUGUACAAUGUUAUACAUGUAUAGAAAAAUAUAGCUUCAAAUUAUAUAAUUGAAGAGAAUAAGGGAAGAUUAAGAUUUAAAACGUUAUUUUAAAGGGGGAAAAUUGAAAGUGAGUAAAAAGAGCUAAACCAAGAGCUUCUAACACAGUGAUUUUAAAAUUGAGGGCAAUUUUCCCCAAGGGGGUAAUUUGGACAUAUGUGGGGGGGGGGAAUGGAACAAUUAGUCAUUCCUUGUUUGUGACUCAAGGAUACCAUUUGGGACUGCUGUUGCUGAAAUGCUUAGGUAAAACAACAGUAUGUCGGUUUUUAAAAAAUCAGAUAAUUACAUUAUUUGAGACUGGGAAAGGGAGUAAUUCACAAAAUUGUGAUAUUGUAUGGUUCAUAUAGAAUAGAAUAGAAUAGAAUAGAAUAGAAUAGAAUAGAAUAGAAUAGAAUUUUUUAUUGGCCAAGUGUGAUUGGACACACAAGGAAUUUGUCUUGGUGCAUAUGCUCUCAGUGUACAUAAAAGAAAAGAUACGUUCAUCAAGGUACAACAUUUACAACACAAAUGAUGGUCAAUAUAUCAAUAUAAAUCAUAAGGAUUGCCAGCAACAAAGUUACAGUCAUAUAGUCAUAAGUGGAAAGAGAUUGGUGAUAUACUGGUACGUUCCCCUUAUCUACAGCCUGUGACUUCUGUUCAUGGAUUUAUGGAUUGUUAAUUCUGUUUUGCUUCCUGUUGGAUUGUGUGUAUUUUUCCCUAUUACCCCCAACAGCAUUCUGUGUUACUGAGAAUAUUCAGUCUACACUGAAAAUUGUUUUUUUCUGUGCACCCGUGUUUUUCUUACAAUUUUCUGCAUAGUUUCCCUGAGUGUGACAGUAACCUCCUUUUAUGAAAUAUUAUAUUAACAAGAGAAUUAAAAUGUUUUUGGAACAUCAGCCAUCUUAACUUGGUCUCCCUCCAGAUAUGUUUAAAUAGAGCAGUGAAGCGGAAAAAAUGUUGCUGAGGCUUCUCAGUAUAUCACUUGACAUGGUUUGAACUGAAUCUACAGUGAAACUUAAGCACUUUUACAGCAGUUGAUUGCCUCUGAUGAAUGUAGGUAAAGCCCCACCUUAUAUCCUAGUCUGGUGACUUUUCACAUAGCACUGGAAAAAUUGCCUCACGUUUCUUAAUCAAUAAAAAGUGAUAGAUGCCUA